UGCUCCCAGACUCCCGAGUCAAGCCGUUAACUAAGCCGCCGCUGUGACUCAUUUGGCCGCUGGAGGCCAACGGAGUCCCGCGGUGUCCGAGAUGCUUCGCUCCACCCGUGAAUAACUUCGGAAUAGGCGAAUUGAGGAGCUCGAGAAGCGGCGGAAACUCUCGGCCAUGAACAAGAUGGACUCCCGGCGGCAGAGCGUGGCCAUGGAGCGGCUGGUGACUGAACUGGCCUCCCUGCUGAAGAUGCUGGACCACGAGACGGUCAGCCCGGCCACCGCGGACAAGAUGGCCUCCAUCCGCCACAUCCUGGACACGCUGCAGCUGUCGGUCAACGGCUCCGAGGUCUACGUGAACAGCUGUCUCUAUGGAAACGGCACGAGCUUCGUGGAGUCGCUGUUUGAAGAUUUUGACUGUGAUCUGCACAUGCUCAGUGCCUCACCUGUGGAGCAGAAGGACGAGGAGGAGGAGAAGACUCUUCCAAACAAAUCUACUCCCACCGACACCCCUCCACCCGUGCCGACGACCCCCCUCCCGGAUGAUUACUACGAAGAAGCCGUUCCUCUGGACCCUGGAUCUGCUCCUCAGUACUUCACCGCCAACAUCAACACUUCCAGGAACUCAGUGGAGGACGCCUACUAUGAAGAUGCAGAGAACAACUACCCCACCACCAGGAUGAACGGGCCCCCCAAAAACUCAUACAACGACUCGGACGCUCUCAGCAGCUCCUACGAAUCUUACGAGGAAGAGGAGGAGGAGGCCAAAGGUCAGGACCCCCCUCAGAGAUGGAUGGCUGAGGAGAGUCCAGACGGGGCCGUUCGCGACUGCCGCAUCUGCGCCUUCCUGCUGCGGAAGAAGCGCUUCGGUCAGUGGGCCAAACAGCUGGUGGUGGUCAGAGACAACAAACUCCAGUGUUUCAAGAGCAUCAAGGAGAGCAGCCCUCAGACCGAGCUCCCGCUCAACCUCUGCAACGUCAUCUACGUCACCAAAGACGGCCGCAAGAAGAGGCACGAGCUGCGCUUCUCUCUGCCGGGAGGCGAGGCACUGGUGCUGGCGGUUCAGAGCCAAGAGCAGGCCCAGCGCUGGCUGAAGGUGGUGCAGGAGGUGGGGAGCCAGUGCAGCCACACCGACGGGCUGGACGGCUCCACGUCGCCCAUCAUCCAGAGGAAGCUGGAGCUGGACAAGGUGCUGCAGGCCGAGCGACCGGCCUCGGACUCGGACAGUGGGCCGACCGGAGACGCCCUGACUCAGGGACCCGGGGGUGACGGGACAGACUCGCUGUGCCGGAGCAAACGUGGCGCCUUCUCGGAGCUGACCGGGUCCAUGAGUCGUGCCGCUGGCAAGAAAAUCAGCCGCAUCAUCACUUUCUCCAAACGGAAGAAUCCGUCGCUGGGAGAGAGCCCCGCCUCCUCCGGUCGCCAUGACAACCCAGGCUGCGGUCACCUGAGCGUGUUGCUGAGCGGCUCGUGGAAGGAGCGCUGGUGCGUGCUGCGAGCCGGGAGCCUCCACCUGCAGAAGGAGCCCGGCGACCUCCGACCCCCGCUCGCCGUGCUGCCGCUGAAGGGCGCCGAGGUGGUGCCGGGCGGACUGGGGCCCAGACACCCCUUCUCCUUCCGCAUCCUGCAUGGCGGCGUGGAACUGGCUGCGCUAGAGACCAAGUGCUCGGAGAGUCUGGGCCGCUGGCUGGGCAUCUUGUUCGCCGAGACCGGAAGCUCCACGCUGCCCGAGGAGCUGCACUACGACUACAUUGACGUGGACACGUUGACCGACAUCCGGCACGCCGCGCGCCACUCCUUCCUGUGGGCCACCGGCGGCGCCGCCGCUGCCUCCUCCAGCAGCACCUCCACGGAUUCACGGACGUAUGAUGAGGUGUACGAAAGUGUGGCGGAGGGCGACGUCGCGAGCGGCCAGCUGCGGCGCCACGCCUCCUUCUCCAGCCGAGACUCGGAGAAGACGGAGCAGCAAGCGGCGGUCAAGAGACACACCUCCAGUGUGAACCAGUACGGCCGCUACGGGAAGACGCGCGCGGAAGAGGACGCCAAGCGCUACGGCGCCGAGAAAGAGGAGCUGGAGCAGCAGAAGGAGAAGCUGAGGAGCUCGCUCCUCUGCCUGCGGAGGGAGAGGAAGGAGCUGAAGGAGAAGAUGAAGGCGGACGCAGGUGCGGCCGUGCAGCAGCGGCUGGCCCAGCUGGAGGCGCUGUGUCGGCAGAAGGAGGAGGAGCGGGUGGAGCUGGAGCUCCGGCUGACGGAGGUCAAGGAGAACCUGAAGAAGUCGCUGGCGAGAGGAGCGCUGGGUCCGGCCAGCGAUGCCAAGAUCAGCGUGAAGGCUCAGGGCAGCAAAGUGGAGAAGGUGUACAACGAAAGUGUCCCAGUCAAUUCGGCGUUGGAGCUUCGGAAACGACCACCGUCCCUCUGCGCUUCCACCAAGGUCAACGUGAUGCAGAAGGCCAAGGAGUGGGAGUCCAAGAAGGCCGGCUGAAACGGCGGCGCCGGGCAGGACGAGGAGAUGCUCCCUCCAAACUGAAGCCAGCGUUUCGGGAUGCACCGCGUCGGGGCCGCUGUAAAUAUCUCAUGAAUGUGGGUCGCAGUUGCUGAGUCACAGUUCGAAACAGGCCGAGGCCGCGACCUUCCUGUGGGAGACGCUCGACGCUCAUGUUCCCAACGGUCUGUUACUAACUCCUGCCUGCUUCUGCUGGACUAAACCUGUGGGUCAAAAAGGAUCCCUCUGUGUUCUUUGUUCACACAUUUAAGUUAUUUGAUUUGUCUUAAAUUAUCUUCUGAUGCGUAUUUAAAUCAGUGAAGAUGCCCAGUUCGACACUGUUCCUGCAACCAAAGUGUUCUUUCUUAACCAAAUGUGAAAGUGGUGUUUAUAAAUGUUUCAUAUUUUGCACUUUACAUGUUCAUAUUUUAUGGUUUGACAGAUGUUUUGUGACGUUCAAGUAUUCGUGCGGAGUCUUCACGAGGACACGGAUUAAAAGUGGCUUCUAUUCAAACUUGUUGAUUUGACUUUAUUGAUCCACGACAGACGGAUGGCGCCCGGGCGCUGCUAUAAUGUCAUCAAGUGGCGACUGAUAGGAUGGACAAUGUUGAAAAUGGCACCAACUUUCAUGUUUAAACAACGUAGUUUUGCUUUUCAUCGCUCAAAUACACGCUGAAGGCUUUUUUCCCGCCCCUUAUUUACCUCUGGAUAAGUGCAGGUAAAAAAUUCGAAAACAUUUUACAUUGUUUAUAUUGAAUAUUUUUUUUAUGUAGCUACAUUUGUCGCUUAAAUAAUAUGAAAUAAAGGUACAAGUUAUAUUGAUAUAUAUUUAAAUUGAUAAACACGUCGUAUUUCUGUUAUUUUAAACAAAAGAGAAAUAAAUAAAUACAUGAAACG